CUCCUGGAAGUUGUCAUGGAGAUAGACCCGUCCCAGGCGUCUGCUCUCGGGAUUGUUGCCAUGGAGAUCCCUGCUCGAGGUGAGCUCUCGGCAGUGCAGGAGGACGAGAGCAGCACGCAACUAGGGUUCGAGAAGCGAAUUCAGGACCUUGGAGAGCAGCGGCGCCAAGGACCCCCUUUCAACCAAGGGAACUACUACAUGCUUAUAGUGAUAGGAGAGAUAGCGACAGACCACCAGCUGCAACGCGCUAGAGACCAAGUUGAGCGGGGGAUUCGCUCCUGGGACAUCAGCCUCAAGUCAUGUGACCUGGACCAGCAGUUGCAGCUAUUUGUGACGCGCCACUCCGCCCAGUUCUCUGCAGAGGUCAGAGGGCAAAGGACUCUCCACCACAAGAGUGAUGUCCUAGAGACAGUCGUGUUGGUCAACCCAUCAGAGGAUACAGUUACUUCAGAGAUCCAGUCUCUAGUCACAGACUCAGCAGGACACAAACUCCUGGUCCUGAGUGGGCAGAACUCCGACCACGGUGACCUGCUUCUCCAAAGUGGGGUUUUCACCUAUAAGAGCUUCUCACAAGUCUUUGCUGAUCCUGGGGUCAGUGAUUUGCUGGGCGAAGCAGCCCCCAAGCAGCGGGCCACACUCACUGUGUCCUGCCGAUCGGAGGUGGGUUGGAGCUCCCUGGGUCAGCAGCAGCACUUACGGGAGUUCCUUGAGUACAGACUGAACACUGAGCCUGUGCUCCCCAAGAUGGAGGGAGUCACAGAGUUCACGGAGUACAUCUCCGAGACGGUGGAUGUACCUUCUCCCUUUGACCUCCUGGAGCCGCCCACAUCUGGAGGCUUCCUGAAACUGUCCAGGCCCUGUUGUUACAUCUUCCCUGGGGGGAGGGGCGACUCGGCCCUGUUUGCGGUCAAUGGCUUCAACAUCCUAGUGGAUGGAGGCUCUGAACGUAAAUCAUGCUUCUGGAAGCUGGUCAGACACUUGGACCGCAUCGACUCAAUUCUACUCACUCACAUUGGUGCAGACAAUCUGCCAGGCAUCAACGGGCUCCUUCAGAGGAAAAUAGCAGAGCAGGAAGAGGAGCAGUCACAAGGCUCAACCACCUACAGUGAUUGGAUGAAGAACCUGAUCUCUCCAGAGCUUGGUGUGAUCUUCUUCAAUGUACCCGAGAAGCUACGUAUGCCAGAAUCAAACCUAAAGGUCAAGCGCAGCAUCGAGGAGGCCUCCCUCACGCUGCAGUACCUCAACAAACUGGGAAUCAAGCCGGAGCCUCUCUGUAGACUGGUCAGCAACACUAUUGAGCCUUUCACUCUUUUCCAUAAGAUGGGGGUGGGCAAGUUAGACAUGUAUGUUCUGAACCCCGUCAAGGAUAGUAAGGAGAUGCAGUUUCUCAUGCAGAAGUGGGCUGGUAACAGCAAGGCCAAAACAGGCAUUGUGCUCCCCAAUGGAAAAGAGGGAGAAAUAUCUGUACCUUACCUGACGUCAGUUACAGCAUUAGUCGUGUGGCUUCCUGCCAAUCCUGCCGAAAAGAUUGUCAGAGUGCUGUUCCCUGGAAACGCACCACAAAACAAAGUCCUGGAGGGACUAGAGAAAUUAAAGCACCUUGACUUCUUGCGAUACCCAGUAGCCACACAAAAAGACAUAGCCUCAGGGGCUCCUCCCUCUGUUGUAAAACAGACAAAGUUAAAGCAAAGGACAGACAGCAAAGAAAGUCUGAAAUCAUCUCCCAAGACUACAAAACCCCUUAAGAAAGAAGCAGAUGAUGAGGUAUCGGCAGUCACGGAGGCAACGAGUGACUUUGUAAAGGAGAACAAGAUAGAGAAAAAGGAGAAGAAACUUAAAGAGAAUGAAAAACCCACAAAAAUAAUCAAAUCCAAGACUGAUGCACCAGAAAAGAAAAAACUAUUGAAGGAGAAAUCCUUGAGAAAACAUUCAAAGGAAAGGGCAUCCAAGAUGGAUGAGAAAAAAGACAAGGAAAAGAAAGAGAAAGUCAAGAAAGUUGACACAGCUAAAAAAGAAGAGAGAAAAGACUCCAAAGUUGACAAGAAAAAAGAUGCGUCUAAGUCAGAGUUGAGAAAGAUAACAAAACCUGACUUAAAACCCCUCACACCAGAGGUCAGAAGGACCCUGCACAGGGCAAAAGUGUCAAGUAAACCCAAAACCGACAAAAGCAAAGGCAAAGCGGCCAAGGCAGCGCCGGCUGAACCCAAACCGGAGGAACCAGCAGCAGAGAACAUUCAACCUGAGCCACUACAGAAUGGGGGUAUUGAGGGCAUAUCUGCUUCCUCCACUCCAGAAGAUCUUACCAAGGACUUUGAGGAGUUAAAACAAGAUGAGGUAUCAUCAGAGCCACCAGAGAGUGCAGUGGAGACACCAGCAGAGGAAAGCAUGGCCGAAUCCCCUACCCAGGAGGUGGAGAAAGAACAGGAAACCGUCUCGAAAACUCCACCAGGCACAACGUCUCCUGAGAAGGGAGUAAUGGAAGUUGAAACUGAGUCUCAAAGCAAAGAGGACAAAUUAACACAAGAGCAUAAAGAAGAAUUACAAGCAGAGAAAGUGGAACUAUGUGAGGAUGAGGGAGCUGCAGUUGAAGAUGAGGAGAAGGAAGAAAAAGAAGGCCCGAUUGCAGAGAGGAAAACAUUUCAGGAAGAGGAAGAUAUGGGGAUAGGGGAGGAAGAAGAUGAUGUUAAAGAUGAUGUGAAGGAUAAUGAACUAGACAGGAAACACGAGGUGGAGGAAAUGGAAAAGUUGAAAAGCCCACAGAUAGCGGUAACAAAAGAGGAAAGCAGAAGAGCUUCAUCCCAGGAGGAGGAACAGGAAGAAGAUGGACAUGUUGUUGAAAAGGCCGAGCUGGAAAAGGUAGAAGUUCUAGACAUGAUAGCAGAUGAAGAGGUCAAAAUCAAACCUGAAGCGGGAGAGAAAGAAACAUUGGCCAAGAAUGGGGAAAGCAAAGCAGUUAAACAUACUCCUGGAGCUAAAGAGGAGGAUGAGGCAGAUGAAGAGGGCUACGUGUCAAAUGUGGGAGGUGCUACCGUCGACAUAGUGUCAACACUGCAAGGAACUGCUGCAGCCGAGCCCAUCUCCUUCAUUCAAGACGAAACCAUUCCAGGCCAGUCUGAAACUGAACAGACCAUCUCUGAUGAGGAAGUUCACGAAGAGGCUGAUGACAGGAUACUAAACCUCCAAUACGAAGUGGGUGCAUAUGACAUCUCUGUCCCAGAUCAGACAGGCUCCUUUGACACCAUCCAUGGGAUGAAGGAGAUGCAAGCAUCAGCUAUGGCUGAUGUAACAGCCAAAGGUUUUAUUUGUGGACAGGAGCAAGUAUCGGUAUUCACUAACAUCAUUGCUGCUCCCUUGGCUGAGGAGGAACAUGUUUCCUCAGCCACAUCCAUCACAGAGUAUGAUAAAUUGUCCUCCUUCCCCACCUCUAUUGCAGAGGACCAAUCAGUGGCCUCUGUCGCUUCACCUCAGACUGAGGAAACAGGCAAAAGCUCUCUGCUUCUUGACACUGUUAAUAGCGUUCCCCUGGCAAUUCCAACGGAGGCCACACAUGGGAAAGAACAUUUACACUCUGCUGGGACCAUCUCACCAACAUCGUCCUUAGAGGAAGACAAGUACAUGAAGUCAGUUCCAUCCGAAGAGUGCCUGUCGGUUAUCUCUGAUUUGAAGACAGAGGCUAAGGUCAUCAAGGCUCAUGAGGAAGAGGAAGAAGCUCAGGACCAAACUCUGAACGUUGACAUUUCACUUGGGGAGAGCUAUGCCUCCCCUCAAAUGCUCCGGGAUAGAGAUAGGGAUGUGGAACAGCUCCCUGCUUCUGAGGCUCCUGUCUCCAAACUUGUUCAGGAUUUGAAGCAGGAUCACAUACCAGUUGAGGAGGUACAACUCUUUAAGUCCAAAGACGACAUCUUAACAGUGGUGCCUUCAAAACCCCUUUCACCCCCACCCUCUUUCUCAACGCCUUUUAGGUCAGACUCAAUUACUUCGGAAGGUGAAGAGCGAUGCUGCAGUCCAGACGAUAGCACUGUGAAAAUGGCCUCCCCCACACAAUCUUCCCACCCCAGUGCAACCAGCUCUCCAACUCACUCUCCUCUUCAUCAGUCGCCUGUGGAGGAAAAGACCCAGGACUUCCCAGGACUGGAGCAUCAAACACAGGGGGACCUUCAUGAUUCUGCCACCAAAACAGAAGAUAAGGAUGCAAAGAAAGAUAAACCGGAAAAAGAAGAUAAAUUGGAUAAGAAUGAAAAAUUGGAUGCUGACAUCAAGAAAGUUGAGUCGGACCUACUACCAUCGGUGGAGAAAUCAUUUCGAAAAGACUUGCCCAUUACAAAAGCGGAAGAAAAAGAUGGUCUCUCUCCUUCCAAAGGUGAGAUGGAACAGGAACCGGAGACAACUCCUCUUACCUCUGAGCCAGUCACAGGCAAAGACGAAGCUUCCAUAUCAGGAAAGGAAUCUCUGACAGUAGACAUUUCUAGUGGUAAGGCUAUACUCAAACACAGUGACGAGGAAGAUGAUGACCAUCAACAGAAAGAAUCCAAAGUGUGCUGUAAGGCUAAAUUCCCAAAGGGGAAGGAGAGUAGUUUCUUAGAUUAUGACGAUGGUGAGGAUGAUGAUAACGAUAAUGUAAAGCCCAUCAAACAGGACAUGAAGGAGAAGGAUACAGAAAAAAAUGACACACAUGAGGCUAAAACUAUCAAGGAAGAGAAAGAGGAGAAAGAAAAACAAGACGUGUUUGAAGCUGAAACCAUCAAGGAAGAAAAGAAAGAAACAUAUAAAAUUGGUACAACUGAAGUUACUACUGAAGCUGAGCCCAUCAAGGAAGAUAAAGAUGAGAAAGUGAAGGAAAAAGAUUACAUUCAUGAAGCUGAACCCAUCAAGGAAGAGAAGAAAGAAACAGAAAAGGUUGGUACAACUGAAGCUGAACCCAUCAAGGAAGAGAAGAAAGAAACAGAAAAGGUUGGUACAACUGAAGCUGAACCCAUCAAGGAAGAGAAGAAAGAAACAGAAAAGGUUGGUACAACUGAAGCUGAACCCACCAAGGAAGAGAAGAAAGAAACAGAAAAGGUUGGUACAACUGAAGCUGAACCCAUCAAGGAAGAGAAGAAAGAAGCAGAAAAGGUUGGUACAACUGAAGCUGAACCCACCAAGGAAGAGAAGAAAGAAACAGAAAAGGUUGGUACAACUGAAGCUGAACCCAUCAAGGAAGAGAAGAAAGAAACAGAAAAGGUUGGUACAACUGAAGCUGAACCCACCAAGGAAGAGAAGAAAGAAACAGAAAAGGUUGGUACAACUGAAGCUGAACCCAUCAAGGAAGAGAAGAAAGAAGCAGAAAAGGUUGGUACAACUGAAACUGAACCCAUCAAGGAAGAGAAAAAGAAACAGAGAAGGUUGGUACAACUGAAGCUGAACCCAUCAAGGAAGAUAAAGAUGACAUUCAUGAAGCUAAACCCAUCAAGGAAGAGAAGAAAGAAACAGAAAGGUUUGGUACAACUGAAGCUGAACCCAUCAAGGAAGAGAAGAAAGAAACAGAAAAGGUUGGUACCACUGAUGCUGAACCCAUCAAGGAAGAUAAAGAUGGCAUUCAUGAAGAUAAACCCAUCAAGGAAGAGAAGAAAGAAACAGAAAAGGUUGGUACAACUGAAGCUGAACCAAUCAAGGAAUAUAAAGAUGAGAAAACCCAUCAAGGAAGAUAAAGAUGAGAACGUGAAGGAAAAAUAUGACAUUCAUGAAGCUGAACCCAUCAAGGAAGAGAAGAAAGGAACAGAAAAGUUUGGUACCACUGAAGCUGAACCCAUCAAGGAAGAGAAGAAAGAAACAGAAAAUGUUGGUACCACUGAUGCUGAACCCAUCAAGGAAGAUAAAGAUGGCAUUCAUGAAGAUAAACCCAUCAAGGAAGAGAAGAAAGAAACAGAAAAGGUUGGUACCACUGAAACUGAACCCAUCAAGGAAGAUAAAGAUGAGAAAGUGAAGGAAAAAGAUGACAUUCACGAAAUGGAACCCAUCAAGGAAGAGAAGAAAGGAACAGAAACGUUUGGUACCACUGAAACUGAACUAAUCAAGGAAGAUACAGAUGAGAAAGUGAAGGAAAAAGAUGACAUUCAUGAAGCUGAACCCAUCAAGGAAGAUAAAGAUGAGAAAGUGAAGGAAGAAGAUGACAUUCAUGAAGCUGAACCCAUCAAGGAAGAUAAAGAUGAGAAAGUGAAGGAAAAAGAUGACAUUCAUGAAGCUGAACCCAUCAAGGAAGAUAAAGAUGAGAAAGUGAAGGAAAAAGAUGACAUUCAUAAAGCUGAACCCAUCAAGGAAGAGAAGAAAGAAACAGAAAAGGUUGGUACAACUGAGGAAGAUGGUACAACCAAGGAAGUUGGUACAACCAAGGAAGAGAAGAAGGAAAUGGACAAAGAGAAAGAUGAUACUUGUGGGGCUGAGCCCAUCAAAGAGGAGGAGAAUGAGAAGGAAAAAUAUGAUACCUUUGAGUCUGAACCUACGAAAGAAGAAAAACAGAAAGAAAUAGGGAGUAUAGUCACUUCUAAAGAUGAGCUAAGCUCUUGUAUCUCUACCUCUAAAGUGGAGCCAGCCUCAGACUCCACCACUACAGAAAAAAUAGAGCAAGAGAAAGAUAACUUUGUGGCUGAACCCAUGAAAGCUGAGAAGGAUGACACUUGUAAGACUGAUGCCAUCAAGGAAGAAAAGAUGGCGACAGAACAUCCUCUUCAGUCUGAACCAAUGAAAGAAGAGGAAAGAGAAAAAGAGAGAGAUACUUUUGACAGUGAACCGACUAAAGGAGAGCACAGAGAGAAAGAAAAGGAUGAUACAUGUAUGGUGGAAUCCACCACGGGGGGCAAGAAAGAAAAAGACGACAAUACAUGUUUUGAGAUUGAAGUGAGCCAGGAAGAGAGGAUAGAGAAAGAUGAUACUUAUGUGGCUGAAUUCAGUAAAGAACAGAAGAUGGAAAAGGAGCAAGAAAAAGAAGAUAGUGAUUUCGAAGACAUCAACGAUGAGGAAAGAGAGGAAGAUGGAGAUGACAGUUAUGGAGCUGAACCCAUAAAAGGAGACGAAAGAGCAAAAGAAAGUGAAACAGCUGACACAGUCAACUAUGAAAUGAGUGUGAAAGAGGCAGGAAAAUAUGGUUCUCAUGAGAUUGAACCUACUAGAGAGGAGAAAUGGGAGAAAGAGAAAAAGGAGGUGCAAGAGAAAGAUCUAAAAGAGGCUUUACAACACAGCGUGCAGACAGCAAUGAUAGAAAAGGUAGAGGUGACUUCUGCGACAAAGCUUGAACCUACAUUUCAGGUUCAGUACUCAGACGGAGAUGAGGAAGAUGAGGAGGAAGAUGAAGAGGAAUCCAUUUGCAUGGGUGGUGCAGGCUCAAGACCUUUAUCAGUGGAACCUAGACAAUCAGAACACGAGAUCAUCUCUCAAGACCUGCUCUCCACUCAGUCAUCAGAGAAUGUGCUUAGUGACCAGAUGAAGGACAGCCACUCUGAACAGACCACUGGGCUUGUGUCUACAUUACCAAAAUGGGAGACCUCUCCUGAUAAAGACCUCAAAGAGCAGCAUAAAGAGCGACAACAUAGACUCUGCCCUGAACUAGAAAAGGACAUCAAGACAACUGAGACCAAAUCAGCAACCCAUCCCAGUGAAGAGUCCACCAUUGGUUUCCCUACCUUGAAACCAGUCUCUGCUAUGCCUACCACCAAAUUAGAGCCAGCCUCUGACUCCACCACUACAGACAAACAGUCUAUAGGUUCAACACUAUUAAGCACUGACAGCAAGGCCAGUGUGACGGUAUCCACCCAGCAUGAAACACUGCUGCUAUCUAUGACAACAAGUAAAGAAGCAUCUAAUACGGAUGAAAAGACAAAGCAUGUUUCUCCAAAAGAAGAUGAGAAACCAGGCAAGGAAGCUGAGAUGGAAAUUGAAAAAGAGCGGUGUGUUGCUUCCCCAGAGCAUGCACAACCUUGUUCAUAUCUUGUCUUGGAUAAAGAUUCUGAGAAGGUUCCCGAGAAAGUGAGCCACGUCGAAGCCACAAAAGCAGACAGUGCCUCUGAAAAAUUGAAAGGCUUUGACAAAAUAACAACGGAGACUGUCGGUGUGAGCUUGAAAGAGGACCAGGGCCUUGAUGUGUCUAAGUAUGAACCCUAUGAAAAGCCCAUUUCAAAAGAAAAGGAAUCAGAUUAUAAAGAAGACCGUGAGGUAUCUAGAGAGUUUGAUCGGUCAACACAAAUUGGCAUUGAUGAUAAUAGGAACGUUAGCCAGGCAGAUGCUGGUGCAGCUGCAUUCUACUCAGAGGACGAGGAAAAAGAGGAACCGCUGUCAUUCAGCAGAGUUGAUUACACCCCUCCACCUUUCCCCAAGAGCGAGAGAAGUCUCCAUUGCAGCUCAAGUGCCUUCACUGAACACGGUGACAAAGAGAAAGGUCAAGAGGAAGUGAGUGAUAGGAAGGAGGGGCAAUCUACACCACACGUGGAAAACAGCUUUAUGUAUAUAGAGACUCAAGACAACAAGACCACCCCAGCAGCAGAGCAAUACUCAUUUGCUUUCAGUCUCAAAAAAGAUAAACCUGAGAAAGUUGAGAAGGAUGAAAUGAAGGACAAGACUGGAGCAUCUCCCAGUGUAGAGGAGUAUAUACCAGUCCAGUCAGGCAGAAAUGAAACAGCCUCUUACUCAUGGAGUCAAUCCAACACCGAUGCCCAAGCCUCAGCUACAGCCAUGCCCUUUGAAGACGUCCCUGAGAAGCAGACCACAGAGAAAGAGAAGGAAAAAGAUGAGCCAGUGAAAGACUAUAUGGAUUCAUCUGAUAGUGAGAGAGGGGACUCUCCCUGUGGUCGCUACUCACCAACGGAAAAAGACAUGUUACCUCAUCAAGCUUUGCCUAAGGAAAAGGACAAUCAGGCCACUGCUGCCCCCUUGGCCAGAUAUUCAGGACAGCUCCUAGACGAUAAUGUUCUUGCAUCUGAGUGCACUCAAAUUGGAAGCUCUAUCACCAGUAAAUCUACGAUGGGCUAUUCUGAGAGAGAAGGCACUCCGGACAGUGUAGAUAAGAGGCUACUGGUGGUGGGAGAGGAUUAUGAUGAUGAGGAAGAUGAUGCAGAAGAAGAAGCCAGUGAUCUAGAUGUGGAGAAGGGAGUGAGAGAGCAGUCUGAAAAAGAAAUAUGUAAAUCUAUAUUGGAUGAUACCACUACUUCCAAACGUCCUGUGACAAAGGAAGGGGACAAGAAGACCCUCUCACCCGAACCUGAACCCAGCCUCCUCAAAAAGGAGGAGCCUUCCCAUUCAAUGGCCACAAGCAGCCCUCCACCAGCAGAUACUGCAGAUUCCCUUUUGAAGAAUGUAGUUGGUGCCUCGCCACUCCAGUCUGGCAGUUCCACUGCAAUAGAACAAACAGGAUCUGGAGGAUAUCCUUCUGAAUCCUCAGAGUAUUCUGAGGACAGCCAACUGGGGUUAAAGGAGGAGAGGUUUGACAGUCCUGACCCCUCUUUGCGCACCAAGUCCAGUGAAGAUAAACAUUACAGUCAGGGAGACAUUGAAGCUGACAGGCAGAGAACCCCAGAUACCACUAGUAGAAAACCUGAGGAAGAUCCUUCGUGUUACCUCCCAUCUGCCUCAGCUUUUCUAUCAACCAGCCACCAGUUGGGGGAGGAGUUAGAGACCCCCGUCAGAAUGUCUAGUGGCCCCUACAGGACAGAUUCUGAGGGUGCUUCCUUUGAGUAUUCUUUAUUCAAAGAUGAAGACUCCUCAGCCAUGCACUCAACCCUCUCAACCUCAGGGGUCAUGUUAAAGGAUGAGUACCUAGAGCCAUCUGAAAAGCUUGAAAAGCUUGAAACCAAAACCAUAACGUCUGCUGGAGUUUCAGAACCACCAUGUUCCCAGCUGUCCAAACCCACUGAAACCAUAUCCACUUCAAGGGCUUUCUUUGAGGUUUCCCCAUUGCAAAGAGCUGAUUCUUCUGACAGAGAAUCCCAGGGCUCAGCGGUCAGCAAAGAGUCCUACACUUGCAAAAUGGAGGACAGUACUCUUCCAUGCCGCAUUGAAUGCCAGAAAUUUGCAGUGACAGAACAAGAAGAACGCAUGCUGUCCAUGGCUGAGACAUACAUGGUCACUAUUAACUCCAGUACAACCACAACAGUGUCCCAAUCUGAUGGGGUGACAAAACCACGGCAGUCAACUGAAGCCUCUUCCAACGGGGCUACUGAGGUUAGCACAAGUCCCCAAGAAGUCCCCAGUGGAGCUAGCAAAGCCUCUUGUGUCACAACAGCAGACCUGCCUAAAACAGAACAGAAAAAGGAGGAAAAAGAGACAAAGGAUGAGAAAGACAAGAUGGCAAUGAAAGAGGAAGAAAUUAAGGAGAUCAAGGUAGAGACCAUACAGGAGGACACCAAAAUGCCAGAGCAGAAGGAUAAGGAGGAGACAAAACAGAUGGACGAGAAGAAAGAGGUGGCUGGAGAGAAGGAAAAGGUAGAGGAGGAGGAGAAAGUAGAGGAAAAUAAGUUGGAGGAGAAAGAGAAAGACGGGAAGGUAGAGGAGAAGAAAGACAAGACUGUUGAGAAGGAGAGUGAGAAAGAGAUGGAGAGGAAGGAGGGAGAGAAAGAGAAGGUAGAGGAUAAAAAAUCAGAGAAACAGGAAGAAAAGAUUGUCGAAAGGAGGAGGAGUAGCUUAUCUGACUGGGAACUCCUACAAGGGCCGGGCGCAUGCCCAAGUGCCCCUCCUCCAGGCUAUGAAGACGAGGAGGAAGAAGCGUAUGAAAUGGAAAAAACAGAGGAAGAGUAUGUUCAAAAAGAAUGUGUAUCCACAGGUGAGCCCACCCCUCUGUCCACAGCAGAACAUGCCCACCAUACAAAGGCAUCUGCAAAAGCAGAUGGAGAAUCCAGUUGCCCCACUGACUUGCAUAUGGAGGCUACCUCCACCUCCCCCCCUGGCUAUUCCUCGUGUGAAUUCAAACACCGCAAAGGGGAGAUCUCCCCAUCCUUCAUUAACCCCAGUCCACACGCCCUCUCCAGCGAUGAUGGCGAAGAGGACAAAGGGAGUGACCACUCUCCGGAGGGGGAUGAAGAUGACCGGGAGCAACACUCGGUCAAGAGGAGGUCUCACAAGCAGAAGCGACAGCACAUUCAAAGUGGAGCUGCUGGAGCUGGAGCGGGAUCGCACCCAGUUUCCAUGCUUCCUGGUGGCAUGGCAACUGGACUUGGGAUAGUGCUAGCUGGAGAGGAGACGCCCCCCACAUCAGCAAGUGACUCGUUGGCGUCCCAGUCGGACUCUGAUGUACCUCCCGAGACCGAGGAGUGCCCGUCAAUAACCGCAGAGGGGAACCUGGACUCUGACGAAGAUGCAGAACACCUGCCGGUGGAUAAACUAUCUGCCUCCGCCACAGGAGGGGGCACUCAACCCCCUUCGCCCAGAUCAGCUGCGAAGGCCCAUGACCCCCCACCUGCCCCUAUGAAGGAUCCGCUCCCCCACCUGCCUCACCCUGAUGUGUGCAUGGUGGACCCAGAGGCCCUCCCUGACAACCAGAGCAGCACAGAGAAAAUGCUCAAGAAGGACCACAAGACCACCAAGAGCCUGCGGAAGGGCCUGGGCAAGCCUAAGUCUGCGUCGCCAGCCCGGAAGGGGAAGCGGUCUACCACCCCUGCGAAGCAGGCCUCCAAGGAUUCCUCGCCUCGAUCGGUCUCUCUGAGGAGGAGGGACACGGAAAGGAGCUCUAGGCUGACGUGGAUGUCCGAGGGCCAGGGAUCCAAGGUGGACCUACACGCUCCAGGGAAAGGCCUUGUGAAUGGCGUCAAGAGCAAUUUGGGUACCAACUCCCAGAAAUCUAGUUCAGCUGUCCCCCCUGGUCCUCCAAUCUAUGUGGACCUGGCAUACGUGCCCAACCACUGCAGUGCUAAGAACGUGGACCAGGAGUUCUUCAAGCGGGUACGUGCUGCGUACUACGUGGUGAGCGGCAACGACCCAGCUGGUGGAGAGCCUAGUCGUGGAGUCCUGGAUUCCCUGCUCGAGGGAAAGGCCGCGUGGGGCUCUAAUCUACAGGUGACUCUGAUCCCUACUCAUGACACGGAGGUGACGCGGGACUGGUACCAACAGACACAUGAAAAACAGCAGGACCUGAACAUUAUGGUCCUGGCCAGCAGCAGCACAGUGGUCAUGCAGGACGAGUCUUUCCCUGCCUGCAAGAUUGAGUUCUAAGUUCUGCGCCGCUUGCUAUUUUACCCUCCUCCCCUCAUUACUCCAUAUUUGGCAGGUAGAGAGGUCCUUUGCUACUCUCUAUCCCCCCAAAGCCUUCUCUUCUGUCAGCUCUACAUUUUGCUCUCUCAUGGUGUAAGACUCCAUUGCAUUUGCUGUAGUCUUCGGUUGGUGUACUGGCUUCCAACUGGUCAAUGUCACCUGAGAACAGCCACCACUCAGGCAGAAACAUUGAUAUAGGGUCCAUGGUAGCUGUAAAAAGGUGUGCAUUCAUUUCUAGCACGCUUUCGGUUUAAACAACAUACUCGCACGAUAAAACCACCUCUUUCUUUGAUCUUAAUUAAUUUUGCUUUUCACAAAUAACCUCCCCAACACACACAUUUUGUGAUCAUCUGUGAAGAGGGUAAUUCUCAAUAGUUAUUUCAAAGCUUUCCAAUCAUACUGCACCCAAAUCCACAUCUAAAUGGACAACACUUUCCAACCAAAAGAGCCAUCUUAACAAUGUCAACUCCCAGUCAAUGAAGACGGUGCACAGUUGUGCAGUCUUACUGAUCGUCUUAAAUACCCAACAAAAUGAAAUACAAUUUAAAAAUUGCACAUCCAGGAGGGCCAAAGUAAGUGCCAAAACACUUCUGAGGUGUUCAACACUCUCCGAAAUAAGUCCAAAGCCUUUUAAGCGGUGAACAGUUAGUUGAUCUCAAUUGUACACAGACUACGCACAAUGUUGUAUGAUGGUAGUAUUUUUGUAAGUAUCUUAAGUUGAGGCUUUGUUUUUCGAUAUGAGAUCUUAUUCCUGUUUGGAGAUAUCACGUAAGAUGCAGCUUUCUAUUCUAUAGCGUUUGGCUUUCUCAGUACUCUUAAUAACGACGUCAACUGAUGUUCCAACAACAACAACAAUGACUAUACCACAUUGCUUGUCGUGAAGCUUUAUUGAAAGAACAAGCUUUUAUGGGUUAUUUCGCUCAGUGGCUGAAGUAUGACGCUUGCAUUUAGCUCAGACUCCUUCCUUGAAGAGGUAGAGGGUCCUUGACCGUGUGUCUAGUCCUUGCAGUCUCCAAGUAUGGAGUACAAACGUGUUCUGAUACCUAAACGUUUGGCUGGGUGUACGCUAAAGUGAACGUUAUACUGUAGGUGCCGGGCAAUGGGAUGGCAUUUCUAUAUUCACCAUAUCUAAUGGUUCUUUCUAAAUAUCUGAAGUCCUUAUCGUCGUCUUUUGUCGGUUGCAUUAGAUGAAGACUCAAUUAAAAACAUACAGUAUAAACAUUCUAUAUUGAUAUAUGGAGAGAUUGUAUUAGAGGUAUGCUAUUUUGUGAUAACACAGCAGAGGAUGUUAAAUGCAGUUUCCGUGUACAUUUUGACGUUUUCUCCCGCUUAUUUAUAUUGUACUUGUCUGUAAUGAAACGAUUUGAUGAAGCGAUGGAAACUGCAGUGGCCUUCCUCCGUGGAGAAUGUAGCAAUAGAGUCUAUUCCGUCCUUGUGAGACAGGGUUGUGUGGAGGUUGUGUGGGUGUUAUUUUGCAAAAAAUGACUGCGGUGGUAGGCGGUCGCUCUCAUGUGCCUUCUGGUUGCGGUAUAUUGGGCAAGCGAGAAGGAUUAGAGAGGAGUAUGAUAAGGGCUUCCUCUUUCAUACUAUCCAUUGUGGAGCGGUGAACUUGGAUCCAGGGAUAAGUCAAGAAACAGUGGAGAAAAUGCCACACGGACAAAUCGAUAGUCGUUGUCCAGGGAUAUCUAGUUAGCCUCAUAUCCAUAUGGAUGGAUGCUGUAUACGCACAAGGUUGGUAGGUGAAAAGCUAAUUAGCCAGCUUAGCCAGCACAUUUAGAUUCAGUUACUGAUAUGCUGGUCAGCAUUUGUCCCCUAUCUUAAAGUGUCACCCAGCAAAUGUAUCAAACAAUAACAUGAUCAAAGAGCAAGGUAUUGCACCAAGCAAGAAUGCACUUUUCCAGAGGGGGGUUUAGGAGUCGGGCUGCGGUUCUAGUGAGAGAAGCACCGAAAAUAUACAAUUAUCAUUCUUUACCAUAAUGUGAACUAUGGUAGCGUUUGAUUUUAGGACAAGUACCUAGCAAAAGUACUCCAUACUGUAUGUAAAUAAAUAAAUAAAAAAGACUUGUUCUUCAGAAUGAUUUCUUAAUUGAAGAGGUAAAAAAAAUAGAAAAUAACACAGGUAGCUAUUUAUCUAGUAAAAAAAACGGACUUUUGAACCCUAAGAAAAUAUUUAUCAGACGAGCAUGAAUGUGAUGUUGUUGAUUGUAGUGGGUAGAGAUGUGGCAAUGUGUACCACAGGUCAAGUAGCAUUAAGUUGUGUGUUGAAGUAUGUGCAUGAGUGGUACACACGGAGACAGGGUUGGGUUUUGAUGAUGCAUCAUAGUGUUUUUUUUUUAAAUGCCGAGUUAGCCAGUGCGGUGUGUAUUUUUGUUGGUUAAUCAGGAGGUGGAGCUUCUUAAAAUUGUCGCACUGUUCAUUGGAGCUCAUUAUAAAAUCUGAUUCACAUUCAAUUCCAUAGAGCUUAAUCACUUUUUGAUUAAUGUUAUAUUUUUUUCUUACAUUUGAGUUUUUUUUGUUGGUAGUUGUAUUUAUCAAAUUAAUUUACAGUUAUGUAUACAUGAUCAGUAUUAGUAUUAUUAUUAUUUUUUUAAAUUGUUUUUCAAUAUCAGUUACAGUACAUGUAGGACUAACACAAUUAUGAAUGUCUCUUUUGUUUACAUUUCUUAGAUUGUAUUUUCAAAAAGAUUACUGAACAUUUAUUUUAUAAUAAGCGUCUGAUUGUCAUAGAUUUUUUUUUUGCUUAGUGAUUCUUAAAAUGUAAUGUGUUUCUUAUUAGAACUGCUGCGUUGUGUGUUUGGGGCUCCUGAGUUGAGGUCAGAGAGAGUGGACUGAGUGGGGCAGACUGGUAUUGCUGGAGAUACUUGUCUCUGACUCAUAGUCUGCUGCAGAAUCCAAGACUGUAGACAGACAAGACAUCGACCUGCAAGGGGAACACUCUCUCCCUCUAUCGGACCCAGAACCUAAACAGUCUCCUCUUAUAGGCUGAAACCAUUAACCCACAGUCUGCAGCCAUCUUGCGCUAGCCUGGGAAGGAUGCCAUCCUUGUCCUUUUGUUGAACUUACUCAAAUGUGCUUGAAAAUACUGUAUUGUAAGCUGAUAACAGUAUGCAGGAGAGCCUCCCCCAGAUCUGUUCUUAGACCGGCAGCAGAACUAGCCAGACUCGCGCAGCUCCGAGUGAAUGUUUCCUUUCAGUAUUAUUAAGAUACUCAAUGUGUACGCUACAGAUUUAUUAUGCACUGCGAUAGCGUUGAUAUGCAUGUCAUGUUGAAUACUGUUUAGAGUCACCUAGGUUAGAGAGAGGGAGGGCAUGUAUGAAUCAAAUGUAUCAAUACAUUGAUCAAGCAAUCAGCCCAGCCGGCAAAACUAGGCAAUAUAUAUAUUUGGUUCUUAACUGUUUUUUUCUGGUCAAGAAUACAUCAUAAGCAUAAGCUGGUCAGAUUCCAACCAGAUAAAGACAUGUUUUUCCCAGAUGAUAUAUUACAUAUCCCAGGAUAAAAGAGGCCACACUAAGCCUAUGAGAGGUUGUCAGUGAAGGUACAAAUAUAUGGCCGUGGAUAUUUUACAAUAUGCUGCAAGGGUUUCUAAACUGAACUUAUCAAAUUAUACGGUGGUGUACAGACCUAGUACUGUAUGGGUGAGGGAAAUCGGAACCAGGGUCAAGGGUUUUUCUGUUUGGUCUGACAUGUUGUAUUGUCCUCAAGUCUGAGUUUGUUUUUAAUUGUGGUGGAGAAAUCUUGGUGGCUUGAUUUCAAAUACACGGCCUUUAGGAUCAAGCCUCCUGGGGCCUUGGCAGAACGCUGUGAAACUCUCAAUACAAGAAUAUAUACAACAAAUAUGACUUUGCAGGAGCAGAAUGAUCAAAACCUGAAAUAAUAACACUGAAUGUAGGGUUGGUAUUAUUUAUGGGUUGCACCUAGGUUACUCGGUCGCGUCGUUGCCAUUGUUCUCAAUGUUCUACAAAUGCCGCAGCAUAUUGAUGUCCGACUGAUGCUAAAUUAAUGCUCAGUCUUAUCUGGACGGGGGCUAAUGACUUACGUCAAAAUUACACUAUAGUGGCCUGGAAAUACGAUGACAAGAGUAAACAAAUAAUGAUUCGAAAACAACUUUGCCAUCAUUAUGUCUUCUAGUUGACUUUAGAGAGAUGGCAAUGUUGCGAUGAGCUAGCGAAGUUAGUCAGAAAUAGCUAGCAAUGCUAACUUUAACUAGCAAAAAAUGUCAGUGCUCUCCCCUCAAUCCUAACUUCGCUAUAGUUAUACUGCAUCCAAAGUCAAUCUGGCGACAUCACAAUGACGACAAAAAGCUUGUCCUACUCCUUUUGAAAUGUCAUCGUGUUUUCAAGCCACAGUAAUGCAUUUAAGACUAAAUUUUCAUCAGUAUCCGUUGAGACUGCAUUGAGUAGAAUUCUCAGCUGGGCAUCAGUCCUAAAAACGUACGUUCAAAACAAUAUGGGAACGAAACGUGCAACCCAUUAAUGUUUUUAAUUUAAAUUUUACCUUUAUUUAACUAGGCAAGUCAGUUAAGAACAAAUUCUUAUUUUCACUGACGGCCUAGGAACAGUGGGUUAACUGCCCGUUCAGUGGCAGAAUGACUGAUUUGUAUCUUGUCAGCCCGGGGAUUUGAACUUGCAACCUUUUGGUUACUAGUCCAACGCUAACCACGAGGCUACCCUGCCGCCCCGGCAUUGAAUACUCAAUGCUGCUGCAUAAAAAAAACAUACAAUUGUACACAAAUAUAUGCGAAAUCAGUGGAGGAUAGCCUAAGGAAGUGAUGGACUACUGUAUUCGGAUUUAAUUUCUAGAACAAAAGUUGAACUCAAAAUGGAUAUCUCGUUUUUAUCCAUAUUGCAGUGGCUGUUUAAUUUUCAGUUAUGUCCAGGUGGAAAAAACGGUGAUUUCCCGACAACACAAACAGUUGGUGUCCAAUACUUACAGAAACACACUUACAAUAACACAGAAAAAGUACCAACAGCAGCUUUUUCCUUUCCUGAAUAUGACUUGAAAACAUUGAAACAAAAACAAUUCAAAGUGAAAUGAAUGAUACAUGUACAUUCAUGUGCGGUACACAUAUGUAUUUACACCUUAAAACAAAAUCAAAAUAGACAUGUUUAUGAAACAUAUGAUCCUUCUUGUUAUAUGUUCACAUGUUAGAGGAUUUUAAUCAAGCGUGUCAAAAUCCUAGGCAUUGAACAAAGAAACAGUCAAUGCUGACUACUGUAAAGUACAGAUGAAAAACAACAAAUAUUUCAGUUCCAUCUCUCUCAUUACGAAACAAUGAAGUCAUUUGAACAUAAGUUCUCUGUCAUUCUCCCAUCUCAUCUCUCUGCAUGUGAACUAUUUAGUUAUUAUCCUGAAUGUAAUAAUUGAUUAACGUGGAAAUAAAUCAAGAAAUGCUCUCUUAAAACCGUAUAUUUGAAACAGGCGCUUGUUUAACUGGUAUUGGGAUGGCAUAUACUAUUACUGGGCUCUGCUUUACUGUUUUUCCCUAAGAUGUUGUUGUUCUAAGAAACGCUGUACUCCUGUAGUUCUUCUGUUUUUGCAGCUGUAUUAAUCAUAGGUCUGUUACUAUCUUCAAGUGCAAUAUUCUCGCGCUCUCUCUCUCUCUUUAAAUCUAAAAUGCAAAAAACUAGAACUACUGCAGAUUCAUUGUAAAAGGGAAACAGCCUGGUGAUGACAAAUAAAAAUACAUUUAUUGAAAUCAGAC